AUGACUUCUGCAGGAGAGUCAUGGCAGCCCUUCGUUAGAAGAGCACUCGAGAGACUGCUCGCCGAAAAAGAUUCUAAGAAGUGCACUCAGUUAAGACAGCUAUGUCAGGAGUCACUCAAAGACCUCCCGCCGUCGGACCUGGAACAGCCUGGCGGACGAGGUGCCCUGCCUGGUCCCUGCGAGGCUCAGGAGACCAAUGCGGCGCACAUAUUUAUGGCGCCUUUCGAAUUGGCCUGUCAAAGCAAAUCUCCAAGACUCACGGUGAUCGCAUUGGACUGCGUGCAAAAACUGGUAGCCUAUGGGUAUUUACUAUCAGGACAAGACCGCAUCGUCGAAGUCAUCUGCGGCUGCUUCCUGGGACCUCAGACAGAUGAAAGGGUGCAACUACAAAUACUCAAAGCCCUGCUCACCCUUCUCACCUGUGCUUGUUGUGAGGUACACGAAGGAGCCGUACUUCAAGCAGUCAGAACUGCGUAUAAUAUCCAUUUGGCAUCGCGGAACCUGGUUAACCAAACAACAUCGAUCGCGACCUUAACUCAAAUGCUAUCCGCGAUCUUCUUGCGGAUGGAACGCGCGCCUCAGGACGACGAGGUGGUAGUUGCCACGAUCCUCCAAGAAAUCGUCAGUCAGGUGGCAAAAGACGGUGAAAACUCGACGACGUCGCAUUUCGCCCAUAUAACGCACAAGGAUGCCUUUCUUGUGUUUCGGUCUCUGUGCAAGCUGUCGAUGAAGGCACUCCCUCACGAAGGAGCUGCAAAUAGUCAAUCCCUGGAUCCCAAGUCGCAUGAGAUGCGGUCGAAGAUCCUUUCACUGCAACUGCUGCUGACUGUAAUCCAGAAUGCUGGGCCUGUAUUCCGGACGAACCCUGUCUUCAUCAACGCCAUCAAGCAGUACCUUUGCGUAGCACUUUCCAAGAACGGCGUUUCGCCGGUCCCUGAAGUAUUCCAAAUAUCGGUUACGAUCUUUUUGGCGCUGUUGGACAAGUUCAAGACCCACCUGAAAAUGCAGGUCGAAGUUUUCUUCCGGGAAAUCCUGCUCGGCAUUCUGGAGAGCCAGUCUGCUUCGUUUAGUCACAAGUGGAACGUGGUACAAGUGUUGACACGACUUUGUGCCGAUCCACAAUCCAUUGUAGAUAUUUACGUCAACUACGAUUGCGACCUGAAAGCAGCUAACAUCUUUGAAAGAUUGGUUGAAGAUCUCUCGCGAUUGGCGCAAACUGGUAUCGAGGGCCAUGAGAAGAACAUGAGGCUCAAGUCGCUCGAGUGUCUGGUGUCCAUCCUGAAGUGCAUGGUAGACUGGGGUCAGCCGCGACUCGAGGAAACUCCCGAAGAAGAAGGUGCUCCGCGGAUCAAAGACAACGAAUCAAACUCCGCCGAACAGCUGCAAGCCUUGAAGCAGCAGAAAGAAAUCAUCGAACAGGGCAUCGAGCUCUUCAACCGUAAACCAAAAAGAGGUCUCCAAUUCCUCCAAGAGCAGAAGAUCAUCGGCGACACCCCGGAGGAAAUCGCGCGAUUUUUCCACACUGAGACGCGGCUCGAUAAAGUCCAAGUCGGAGAGGUUCUCGGAGAUCCAGACACAAGUGUCAUGUGUGCUUACAUCGACCAAAUGGAUUUCUGUCAGAAAGGAAUUGUUGCGGCAGUGAGGCAUUUCCUCGAGGGUUUCCGAAUUCCGGGCGAGUCUCAGAAAAUCGAUCGAUUGAUGCAGAAGUUCGCUUCGCGCUAUUUCGAGAACAACCCCGGCGGCGUUUUCGCUUCCGCCGACACAGCGUACGUACUGGCAUUUUCGAUCAUAAUGCUGACCACCGAUCUCCACAACCCCCAGAUUAAGAACAAAAUGACAAAAGAAGAAUUCAUCAAGAACCAGAGGGGGAUAAAUGACUCGGCCGACCUGCCGGCAGAUUAUUUAUCGAACAUCUACGACGAGAUCGCCGAGAACGAAAUCAAGAUGAAACCUUCGGCUUCGACCGGCAGACGGCUGGUGCUAAACAUGCAAUUGGAACAAAUCGCAUCGACGGCUAAUGCCCUCAUGGAGUCCGUAUCCCACGUCAACGCGGAAUUCCAGUGCGCCAGUCAAGUCGAACACGUCGUGCCCAUGUUCCGGCUGGCCUGGACUCCCUUCCUCGCGGCGUUCUCGGUCGGCCUUCAGGACUGCGACGACCACGAGGUCGCCAUGCUCUGCCUCGACGGAAUCAGACUCGCGAUUCGUAUCGCGUGCAUCUUCCGCUUGGAGCUCGAACGUGACGCUUACGUGCAGGCGCUGGUUCGCUUCACGUUGCUCACGGCGGAGGGCGGGGCGUCCGACAUCAAGGAGAAGAACGUCAACACGAUCAGAACGUUGAUAGCCGUUGCCCAGCACGACGGGAACUUCCUCGGCCCCAGUUGGCUCGAAAUUCUGCGGUGCGUUUCCCAUUUGGAAAUGACCGAAUUGUUCGGCUCUCUGAAGAAGCAGCAGCAGAACGGUCAACAGGUCGCCGAAGCCCAGCAGCAAGGGCUGGUGGUCGCCGUCGAUCGAAUCUUCACCAAUUCGGCGAACCUUGAUGGCAAUGCAAUCAUCGACUUCGUCAAAGCGUUGUGCCAAGUCUGCAUGGGAGAACUGAGUCAUAACCGCCUGUUUUCGAUGCACAAGAUAGUCGAGAUUUCCUAUUAUAACAUGGCGCGUAUACGUCUGCAAUGGUCUCGUAUUUGGGAAGUGCUCGGAAACCACUUCAACACUGUCGGCACCUACCCCGAUGAGCACAUCGCCUACACAUCGAUCGACUCCCUACGACAGUUGUCGUUCAAGUUUCUGGAGAAAGGCGAGUUCGCCAACUUCCGCUUCCAGAAAGAGUUCUUACGGCCCUUCGAGUACAUCAUGAAGAACGCCACUUCGCGUAACAUCAAAGAGUUGGUCGUCCAUUGCAUCGCUUCGAUGGUACACACGCAUUCGUCGAGUAUACGCUCGGGCUGGACAAACGUGUUCUCGGUGUUCCAUCUCGCGGCUUCUGAGAAGGACGAAUCGCUCGUGGACACGGCUUUCCAAACGACCCGUCGAAUAAUCACUCACGUCUACGAGACCCAGUUCCCCCACCUGGUCGACUCGUUCCAGGACGCCAUAAAGUGCCUGUCCGAGUUCGCCUGCAACACCCACUUCCCUGACACUUCGAUGGAAGCGAUCCGGUUGAUCAGACACUGCGCAAAAUACGUGGCGGAUCACGCCGACCUGUUCCGCGAGGUCAGCGCUGGGGACGCGGUCGGGGCCGAUGGCAUGAGCUCGGGCAGCCCCGAAGAUCGGCUCUGGGUCCGGGGUUGGAUCCCGAUCCUUUUCGAGCUGUCGUGCAUCGUUUCCCGCUGCAAGCUCGACGUCCGCACUCGAGCGCUGACGGUACUCUUCGAGAUCAUCAAGAGCAACGGCUCGCUAUUCGCGAGAAAUUGGUGGAACGAUCUAUUCCGGCUUAUUCUGCGCAUCUUCGACAAUAUGAUCAUGAAGCUACCGGAAAGCGGCCCAGAAAAGUCAGAAUGGAUGACGACCACCUGUAAUCAUGCGCUCUACGCCACCAUCGACGUAUUCACUCAAUACUACAGCGUACUGUCCGAGAUACUGCUCGACGAGCUGUACAAGCUGCUGCUCCAAUGCGUGCAACAGGACAACAAGCAGCUCGCAAAAAGCGGGACUAAUUGCCUUGAACAUUGGGUUGUCGGCAACGGCGAUAAGUUCAGUGACGAGAUCUGGGUCAAGACCUGCCAGUGCAUCGUGAAAAUGUUCGAAAACACUGCACCUCUACAAUUGCUCACUUGGAAAGAAGGAAACGAGAAGUUGUUCCCCUUGCUGCGAAUCCAAUGCACGGUGCAGAUGGAAGUGAUACAGACCGUGGACAGCGUUGUUUUCUUCCCUGCGACCUCGAAGAAGGAGGAAGCGGAGCUCAUGCAGGGAAUCGUCCGGGAUCGAGAUGCUGCGGAUCUCGAGCGGUACCAUGGCAUGUUCAAGUACCUACGCUGUGAGCACCUGCUCCUUUUGGUAGAUUGCUUGACGCAGUCUCAUCGACUGGCCAAGAGUUUCAACCGAAACUCAGCGCAAAGAUCGGUCCUCUGGAAAGCCGGCUUCAGGAACAACAUCAAGCCCGAUCUGCUGCCGCAAGAAACGGCUUCUAUCAUGUGCGCAUUCAGAAUCCUCUUCAGAAUGUACGGAGAUCCUCAACGGCUACAGUCAAGAUCCAUCGUCGAGGCACGCUUGGUAGAGCUAUCGCGAGAGUCUUUGACGUACUACUUGUCUCUCGACACAGAACAUUACCGUAAAGCCUGGUCCACGAUCGUACUUCUCCUCAUCGCACGCGUGAACCAGCUCCAAGACGAGCAAUUCCUGCGACACUCUUCACUGAUUUAUCCAUUCCUUUGUGAAUUCAUCGGACAGCCUGACAUGAAACCAAACUUAGUUCGUCCUCUGAAAGAGUUUUUCGUCCGCUGCGGGUCCGGGUUCGGCAUCGUGAGCCAGCAAGACAGCCUGAAGAAACCGAUGUCGACGGCCGAAGAUUCCGAAACGUCAGAGGUUCCCAGCGUGAAGAUCAACGGUCACGCUGCUCCAAUGGAAAAGGGCGAUCACGAAGCAUGGUGA